AUGUCCCCUUACCCAAAGUUGGCUGCACUUGAUACAGAGUGCGGACCCAAUGCACACAAACCCGCCGAGGAUAAUAUUGAACUCAAAUCUUCCUCACAUUUUUCCAGGAAUCACAAUGAGCGCUGGGGCAUGUAUGGAGACGUUCCCAAAAUCAUUUACAAUAUUCUCAAGCACAACACAAAGCUGGCAAUCAUCUGCAACCGAGCUCUGUGGUGGUGGAAUGUCAUGGACCCAAAAGACAACAAAAAGAAAUCUAUCAUUCAUAUGGUCAAGUUCAAUGAGGUGUACGAUGGAUGGACUCCUUAUAAAUACACAGAUAUGAUUCUGUUCAAUGAAGAGGCUACCAAUAACCUAGUUCGAGUGGAGCAAGGCAUUGUUUUCCAGGUGUCUCGUGAUCAAAAGGGCUUGACAUGGGGAAAUUACCAGCAAGGCCUCGACCAAUGGCGUUGUCUUCACACUAUAAGAAGUCCUUACAUAGGACAAAACCUCAAGAGCUAUUCCGAUCCAAUGUUUAUUGGAUUCACUGGCAUGGACGAAGGUAUGGUCAACCUGUUAAUGCAGGGAAAAAACCGCGUGGACUUGAAGGAGGCUGCUCAUUGGGGAUAUGCAAUGUAUAUCACCGAUGAUGCCCGAAUAGUGAGGUACUUCGCCAACUGGAUCAAGUCUAACGCUUUCGGUGCAACUGCCAGAACCCAUAUCUGGGCGCCAGAAGAUAGCUCAAUAAUGACCAACAUCCAGGGGGACAACAAGUUCAAGAUUGCAUGGGAUCAAGAGAACCGCGACGCAAAAGUAGCAGAAUGGGGUGUCAAGAUGCCCUACAUCUUGUUCUCGCAUCAUUUUCACAUGGGUGGCAUGCCUAUCGCCCCGACUAGGUGGAAUGAGAUGGUUGUCUAUACCCCCGUGCAAGAUGCCUUGAUGCUCACUAUUCCUCUCACUGACCAGCAAGUCGAUGAGAAGAUUGCGCUUGGAGGGCAGUUCGUCAAAUUUGAGGAGCAGAUUUCGAAUUGGAACAUCAAGGUGCCAGACGUAACCUGGGCUGACUUUAAGAAGUAUGGGGAGAAUUUCUGUCAUUGA